CACUUAUUUAUUCAAGCGGGACUGGCUUAAUAGUUUUAUUAAAUUUUAAUUGGGGUUUUAGUACUUUGGGGUUUUGAAUUUUAAAUUUUAAAUUUUUUUAAGGUUGGCCAUUUUUCUAAUAUGCUCUGUUUUUAGUUUGGUGUUUUAAUUGUAUAUUUAUCAUGUUUUUUAUCUUCUGGCUGUACACCGCCCUUUAUAAAAUAAAUAAAUAAGAUUUAUGGACUGAUACCAUCUCACAAAAUGGAGCCUGAUUUGAGUGUGUGCUAUGGGACAGUCAGCUAGGGAAAGGUGGGUUUCUCAGGAGAAGAACGGGAAGCUUUCAACCCUGGAGCUGAACUUUAGCAACUCCCCUUUGUCUCUGCCCUACUUCCCAGGCCCUGGGAGACUGGGAGCGUCCCUGUUGCAGGCCAGGCAGGAGAGGAGAGGCUGGCUGAUGCAAGCCAGGCUGAACGCCUGUUCCCUACACAGCCAACCUAAGGCUGGAGCUGAGGCCCUUGGGAACUUUGGGGAGCCCCCCUGGGCUCACACACUGCUGCCGACUAUGCGGAUCUCUGCAGUUCUCAGGCAGCCCUCCGUGGUGGCCAGCAGAGGCCUUCCUCGGACCCGCUCCUGGGAGCCCUCUUAGAGGAGGGAGCUCAGCUGCCUUCUGGCUUUGGUGCUGGAGCACAGCCAGAGGCCUUCAGGGGAGGAGGAGGAGCAGGAGCAGGCUUCUCCUUGGUGGAGCUGGGUGCGGCCAAAGCGGCCAAGCUGGUUCAGCAGGGUGAGAGGCUUCUGCUGUCAUGGCUCGCCGGUCGCAGAGCUCCUCCCAAGGGGACAACCCUCUGGAUCCCAACUACCUGCCACCCCACUACAAGGAGUACUACCGCCUGGCGCUGGACUUGCUGGCAGAGGAAGGCAAGGAGAGCUACCACCGGUUCCUGGCAGAGGAGGCAGCCCCGGACUUCCUCUGCCCCUCAGAGGUUGAGCACAUCACUCAGCACCUGCAGAAGCCACAGUGUGCCUCUCAGGAGGGAGGUGGCAGCACGGACUCCAGCCCACCAGAUGUGGACCUGGACGGUUCCUCGGGCACUUACUGGCCAGUGAACUCUGACCUGGCCGUUCCAGAGCUGGAUCUCGGUUGGCCAAUGGUGUUUGGGUUCCGGGGAACAGAGGUGACUACUUUGGUGCAGCCGCCACCCCCGGAUAACCCCAGCAUCAAGGAGGAGGCACGCCGAAUGAUUCGGGCUGCACAGCAGGUGGUUGCUAUAGUCAUGGAUAUUUUCACUGAUGUGGACCUCUUGAGUGAGGUACUGGAUGCAGCUGCACGCAGAGUUCCUGUGUAUAUCCUGCUUGACGAGAUGCACGCCCAGCUCUUCCUGGACAUGGCUGCCAAAUGCAGAGUGAACCUCAACUUUGUGGAAUUCUUACGCGUGCGGACAGUUUCUGGCCCCACCUACUAUUGCCGCACAGGGAUGUCGUUCAAGGGUCACGUGAAGGAGAAGUUCUUGCUUGUGGACUGCAUGGUGGUGUUGAGUGGCAGCUACAGCUUCAUGUGGUCAUUUGAGAAGAUCCACCGGAGCAUCGCUCAUAUCUUCCAGGGUGAGCUUGUAGCCAGCUUUGACGAGGAAUUCCGCAUUCUUUUUGCCCAGUCAGACCCGCUGGUUCCUCCUUCCAACAUUUUAGUGAGGACAGAGGCUCCGAUGGGGCCCUACAGCAUGGCCCCCUUUGGCAACAAUAUGCCCUUCUUUCCAAAGAAGCCUCACCUGCUUCUCCCCCGAGAGGACAACCUUUUCUCACCUUUUAUGGACCGGAUUGACCCAGAUAGGUAUUUCUUGUCUUCUUUUAGAAGAGACGACAUGCUGCGUCACACUUUAGAGGGUUCGGCCAUGCGAAUGUACUCCAAAAAAAUGGAAAUGGAGAACUGCCAGGCAGACCCUGUCCGGGGCUACCUCCGUUCCAAGCAGCUGGAAAUGGACUCAUUUAAAAGGCACAGCUUCGCUGAAGGCACCUUUGAGAACUUUCAGUCCACAAAGCAGUUUUCUAAGCAGUUGUACAUGAACAAUUUGGAUGAAUUUAAAAUUCAGUCCAGUCAUUUUCAAAAAGAUCAGUUUUAUCAAUAUCAGUUUGAACAUCCCCAUGGGGCUAACAGGACCCAGGGGCUUUUUGAAAGAAUCCGAGGAGGCAGACUAGGAUUCAAUGAACCAGAAGAUUAUGCAGAUGGAUUUAGGUCUCCAGAACUGGAAUCCAAUUUCCCCCAAGAUGGGUAUCCGUUGCGGCUGGAUUAUGUGCCAUCCAAUUCUUCUAAAGAAGUGCGACACGGCUCUGAUCACCUGAAUCCAGGAGGGAAUGGUCUCCUUGGUCUUCCAUCUCUAAGAAGGCAAAACAUGGGGCAGAAGUUUAUGUGCCAGACAUCUCCCACACAGAAGCAGAGCAUGGAACAGAGGCUUUUUCUGCACGACCAAGGCCAAGACAUAGAGCAAGACAAGAAGGUUCAGGAGAACAGGGCAGGGUUGCGCAACUGGAGAAUUUCCUCCUACCUUAGCGGGUAUCAGUCUGAUCCGGGAGAGGAAGGUCUUCUGAUGCCCGUAGAGUCAGAGAUGCAUAAUGAGGUACUUAGUCCUCCAGAACUCCUUACUAGGUAUCCCAGCGAUCUCCUCCCCACUUUCAAACCUCCGCUUCCACUUCCAAAUGCCAAAGAUAUUUCUGGAACUGAGAGAUUGCCAGAAGAAACCUCAGUGGUGAAGCAGGAUCCCUUCAGGAGCAGGAUAAAUCCCUUGAUCCAGAGGAGUUCACGACUUAGAUCUUCUCUUAUUUUUAGUGCUGCCAAAUUAGACCAGCCAAAUUCAUCCACUGAGAAAGUCCAAAUGGUACAAAAAGAGCAGACCUCCGCCGAAAUGACCAAGGACACUGAAACCAUUAAAGCCAGCACUGUCUCUAAAGUGGCCGAGCUGCUGGAAAAGUACAAGUCAGUGGGGAAAGACUCACAAAGCACCACCCUCAGUCACACCAAAGCUAUGUCUGCAUUUCUCCAGGAAGAAUCCCAGAAUGCAGAAAAAAAGUGCACCAAGUCGGUGCAGUACAAGAUUCUGGAGAGCCGGGUGCUGGACUCCAAAGACUCCUUCAGCCCUUAUAAGCUGCACCCGGAAUCGGAGGAGCAAUUUGGAGGGUCUGCCUCAGCGACCGACAUGCUUAGCAAAGACCCCAUGGUCCACGGGAGCAAUAAAACAGAUAAGCUUGCUUCUCGAUUCUAUCCAAUAGACCAAUCCAAUCUUCCAGAGAAGGAGAGCCUAAUAUUUUUGGGAGAAACUCAGAAACGUGCCAUAGCAGACAGGAAGGAAAGUGUCUCUUUCAAAGGAGGAAAUGGAUCUGAAACUGAAGACCACAAUCCAGCACAAGGCCCGGUCAGCACCAUUUCCUCCAAAGCCCAGGGCUCUGACAGCUCUCUCAGUAAACCUGACGAAGAAAGUUGCAAGCAGGAACAGAGUCCAAGAGAGUUUUUUAGGAAGGGGUCUCUCAAGCUAAAGCAGUUGCUAAAUCCCAAAGCUGAGAAAAAAAUAGACGAAGAAACAGGCCUGGAGAGCUGGAAGACAGAUAAAUUGAGCGCAGGAGCCCUCAAGCGAAUGUCCAGGAGCGAUUCUCAGGAGAUUAUAGAAGAAGAGAAAUCUCCCAAACUGACUGCACCGGUGCCUGUCCUCAGGGCAAACCCAGGGCCUCAAUCUCGACUGCCCUCCUCCACGGCCAAUGUUCUCUACAGCAGCAACCUCCGAGACGACACAAAGGUCAUUCUGGAGCAAAUUUCAGCCAACAGCCAGAAGAACCGGGCAGAGCUGGGCAGGCAGCUUCCAGCGGCUAGCAAUCCUGAGCUGUCCAGGUCUGCCACAAGUUUGGACCGUAAAGGGGAUGAGAGGAACACAGGGAUCAGCAGAUCAGAAAGCUUUGGGAGCCAUAAGCGGGGCCUGCAGAGGGAGCCUUCAGAGGAUCGGGAUUCUCUUCUGAAGAGGAUGGAGAGCAUGAGGAAGGAGAAGCGUGUCUACAGCCGCUUUGAAGUUUUCUGCAAGAAGGAGGAGCAAGGCGAGGAGGAAUGCGAGACAGACGCCAAAGACAAGAAGAUGGGGAAGUUCAUGCCAAAACUCUUGGGGUCCUUCAAAACCAAAAAAUGACUUGAGGAGGCUGCUGGGACGGCCCUGCCUGUGACCAAGGUUCGUGGCAGGCCUUCCUCUGCAGACCUUCCAUUUCCAAGCCCAUUCUAGCAACAGGAUAGCUGGGCUGGGGCUGGGGGAGAGGGGAAGGUGGGGCAUCAAGCAGGAUUAAAUGACCAUUCGGGGGGACUAAGAGGCCAGCAUCCCACUAACGAUUAACUUUCUUUGGAAGGGCUGGAGAUUAGUCCCACGCCUAGGAACUCCCUCCAGGUAGGGGAGAAAAACACACCAACAUGAACAAAGAGGGGGCAGUUAGCAACACAGUUGCUUUUUGAGCAAGUUCAUUUGAGACUCCCAUUCUUAGGGGCCCAGCUCAGGACAACCAUCCUGGGCCACUGCCUCUGAUUUUUUGCUCCUGCAGUAGCCCUUCUUUCAGGACCCACCAUUUCACUGGGCAUUUUCUUUGUGAGGACAGUCCAUUUGCGGUGGGGGUGGGGAGAGAGAGGCAGGACUAAGGAAUCCACAAGGGGAAGUGAAGUCAACACAGAAAAACAUAGAAGUCAUCUGGUCCAAUUCAUUAGAACAGUGCUUCCCAAACUUGGGUAAAUUAUCCCAAAUUGGGUAAAAGUGGUUUUUCUUUGGGUAACGGCACACAACCCCAUUACCCAACCGCAACAGAGUUUUUAAAUUGACUUAAAGUAGUUUUCCUGCAUUGGGUAAAAAGGACUUUCUGAUAGGUGGUUCUGAGUAAUGAAGGAAAAAGUUUGGGAAGCCUUGUAGGAGAAUCUUUUUGCUAGAUGACCAUCUUGCUGGAAGACCUCCAGUAAAGCAGAAUUUGCCUCAGAGGUCAGCCUGACCUCCUCCUGGCCGCUGUCCUUAUUCUUUGAACAUGCUAGUUCUGUCUUCUGAGAGCCCUUCAGAUAUGGGAAGACAGCUGUUGUAUCUGUCGUGUCCCACUCCUCCGCUGACGGCUGGGUCAGGGAAAUCCGAAUCAGGCGUGCCUCUGCAGCUCUGCCAAAGUCCUAGCAAAGUCCUCAGGGCAGGCAGGAGACCAGAAAGUGACUUCAGCAAGAUAUGUUUAGACUUUGCCUGACUCAGAGAAUGCCAGAAAGCAGGUCCUUUAUAUAGGCCAUGGGGUGUGGCUCCAUGACUCAGCACUUAUCCAGGCCUGCCCCUCCCUUCCUUCUGUUGCCUCCGUCUAUCAAGUCUUCUGACGCGAGGGUCACUCCAGUCUGCAGCUGUUGGCAAUUGACCUCCCUCAGGCUCACAUGCUGUGGAGGAGGGGGAGGGGUCUAGUUGCUCCGUUUGCCUGGGCAUGGAGCCAGAGCUGGGGGCUGGAGAUACUUCCUCCUCUUCAGCCUGUCUGGGCAUGGAGCCAGGGCUGGGGCCGGGAGGCAUACUAGGACAUUCCUCCGUGUUCGGAAGCAGAUAAGAAGGCCCCGGCUGUGGUGAGAUCGGACGAGACACAACAGUAUCUCCCUGCUGCAGAUUAACCAUAUCCAUCUCUCCUGCCAUCUCUCCUAGAGCUCUGGCAGCCUUUUGAAUGACGCAGGCCUGGGUAGGAUAAAGGUCUCCAAGUGGGGAUUGACUAGGGCAGGGUAGAAUGGGAUGUUUAUUUCUUUGGAUUUGUACUUUUAUGUUGCUGUAAAAGCACCCAGGAUAGCAUUUGCCUGCAGCUACUCAUGUAUGGUUGAUGAGAACACGAAGAUCCCCUUCACAUGUACUACUAUCAAGUCAUGCUUACCCCAUCCUAGAAUAGUGCCUUACACGUUUCCCACUGAGAUGCAGAAUUUAGCAAUUCUCCCAUUCUAAACUGUUCAUUUCAGCUCAGUGUUCAGACUGCUCUAGACCUUUUCAAAUCUUCUUUCUUGUCAGGUACUCUCCAAGUUUUCUACCCACACAAUUCCCUCCUCCAAGACCUUGAUAAAAUGAGCUCUGUGCCUUGCUCCCACAACUCCCCCUCCUGGAGUGUUAGGGCUGGAUGAAACUACUGUAAAAUGGAUUCACUGUUGGCUGAAUGAAUGUACCCAAAAAAGUGCUUUCUAAUGGCUGCUCUUCAGCUUGGAAGGAAGUCUUGAGUGAAGAGUGUCUAGAAACACUCUUAAGAAUUUGUUGAGAUGUCUAUAAGGUUCCCUUCAUCGUCUAAGCUAGUAACUCUAUCCAGGAUUAUAGUCAGGGAUAAUUUCUUUGUGAGACCCCCUCUGCUGGCUGUUCUUAACUGUUGUAUUUCUUUCUCAAGUGCUCACAAAUAGUUUGUUUGAAGACAAUGCCCAGAAGAGGCCAAAUGUACAGGUCAGUGAUUUCUCAGGUCCUUCUCCUACCCUUUUUGAAGGUGGUAUUUAAUAAUAGAAUAACAGUUGGAAGAGAUCUUGGAAGUACCCCCUUACCAAACAGGAGAACCUAUACCAUUCUAUCCAAUCUCUUUUUAAAAACCUCCAGUGAUGGAGCAUCCACAACUUCCAGAGAGAAGCUGUUCCACUGAGUAAUUGUUCUCUGACAGGAAAUUUUUCCUUAAGAUUUGAUCUUCUCCAGUCUUCUGCAACCUCACUGGUCUUCAGAAGUUCUCAGAGAUUACCAAGAAGAUUCUGCAAUCAUCCUCAACACCCAAGAAUGUAAUCCAUGUGGCUCUGCAACAUUCAAAAUAACCUAAUUCUCUCUUGUUCUCAUCUGUUGGGGUUAGGGUUAGGCAAUCAGAACCAUUUGUGGGUAGGCCCAAGUGGAUAUUAUAUUGUUGAUUAUCUAUUAUUACAAGAAUCCUGCCAGGCUGUCUGUCUUCCAUUGGGAAACUGCAGGUGUUUCCCGAACAGACUCUAAACUGGAUUGUCUCUUUAUUCCCUGAGAAAGAGGGCGGAAUCCACCCCUUCAGCUGAUGGUUCCGCCACAUUUGUCCCGAGAUGCAGUUUCCUCAUAACCAUAGUGUUAUUUUUAUUCUGGGGGAAGAUGCAAAAUAAGAUGGUGCCUUUGCACCAUCAGCCUUAAUCAGUUUCUUCUUACAAGGGGCCUACAAUCUUUAUUUUUUGGCACAUUUAUUGUUCCUCUUUCCAUAUUCUGUAUGCAUCUCUUUUUCUCUUCUGCAUUUGAAAUAACUCCUGUAUCCUUGCUGGCUUCCUCAGAUUUCCCCCCAUUUUUCUUUGGUUGGGUUAUUUUUGACAGUCCGUUACAGAAUUUCUUAGAAUUCUUCUCAUCCUUCUUGGAUUGUUUGCUCCUUCAGGAUUUCAAGUGAUUGGAUCUCACCUAUCUUCCCUUGGAAUUUGGAUAAUUCAUUCCAAAAAUUUCUCUUUUCAGUUCCCCUUCCAGAUAUUACAGACUCAAAGAUAACGUUAUAACUUUGCCUAAAGUUUCAGUUAUCUUCACUUCUUUCCUUUGGAUGAGGGUUAGGGCUAGGACCAUUCUGAUGAAUGAAGCUCUCAGCAAAACAGGGCAAAAGUUUAUUCGGGAUUUGAUUUGGCAAAUUCCCCACUGAUAUCAGGGUAAUUGAAAUUCCCACUAUUACUGACAGUCAUAGAAUUGGGAGUUGGAAGGGACACCCCACCUUUCCAGUCACCUUCCCUAUGAUGCCCUUUUGUGUACCUGAUAACCUGGUUUUUUUCCUCCUCCUCCUCCUCCUCCUCCUCCUCCUCCUCCUCGUGUUUAGUCACCCUCCUCUGAAUGUCUUCUAACCUCUCCAUGUUCUGGGUAUUUUGGUCUGUAAUCAUUUGCCCUUAUGAUAUGGUCUCACCAGUAUGGAGCAGAGGGCAUUUAUAUGGCUGGCUCUUGAUUUUCACAAUUCUGCCUUUUCUUCUUGCACCACAAUUCUCAGCAAGGGUUGAAGGUGGGGAAGGGGGGGACACCUAGUUGUGUUCCGAGCUCUUUCCCGUUUUGCUCCCAGAAACUCAUCCUCUGAGUGAGAACCAGCCUAGACCGAGCCACCAUCCACAGUUCAAAGGGUUCCAGCUUAGAUGGCGCUUCUCAGGGGAAAUGAAAGGGCUGCUGCCCUGAGAUAGAAGGUGAUAGAUUAAUUCUUGCCCAUCUCAGUACAACAGGAGUUCUACUGAAUAGGUGAAGGAUGUCGCCUAGGACAGAGAAAGCAUCUUGAAGCUUCUGCAGACAGGCAGCACCUCUGAGGUUCGAAGAAAGAAUUGCAAUGCACUCUGAGACAGGAUGGGAGGACCUGCUCACAUUCGACAUGGAGGGGGCUGCUGCAACAUCCCUCUCCACCCUCCUAUGUGGUGCAUGAGAAGAUGGUUCCCAGGUUUCUUUCCUGGGGGAGGGGAGCUACACGUCUUAUUCCCAGUGAGCUCUGGUACAGACGAGAGCGCACUGCGUGCUUUCUCCUCAGGUUAAGGGCUAGGCUGAAAUGAACAGAGAGCCCUGUAAAGAAAUGUUAAAGAACAUUUCUUAUAUUUUGUUGACUUGCUUGCCCUUGCUAGGCUGGAAGGAAUAUUUUAGGAAUAUUGCAAUCCAUGCAUUGCAAGUGGGUGGCUGCCAUUUGAAAUGCAUGGGCUUGCUGGUUAUGGCAGAAAGAGUGAGUUGGCCAGAAUUGGGCCUCAUGUGCCUAGUCUUGGCACAUGAUUAGGAAUAUCUGAGGGUCCCCCAAAAGGGAUGGAAAAACUCCUGGAAGUGGUCACAAAGGACAUUAGCUGGCAGUUUAGUGAGACCAUGAAAAUCUUAAAUAUGGAGUCCUUUAUUCAUUUUCACCUUUGUCCAUUCCUUUGUGACUUAGCAUCUAGUUUUUAAGUGUGUGGUUCAAUAUAUGUUCCCAACCAGAAGUCUGGUUAAUUCAGUCUCCAAAUGAGGCAUGUCAUGUGAACACCAUCCUGACCUUCCCAAAAUACCUCCCUUGAUGGGAAGCAAUCUAAAUUAUUGCUGUUUCUUCCUGUCCACCCCUCCCUCACCCCCCCCCUCCCAACUAGUCUGGUGAAUGGUAUACUAACCUUUGUUGCUCCACUUCAAUACUAGGUCAAAGAAGGUACGACAAAUUCAUUGAGGAUCUCAACCCAUUGAGAACUUCAACCUAUCCAGAUGCUGUACUACCUCUGUGAGCAAAACCACUUGCCCCCAGAGCCAGCCAUUGAAGGCCAAGCUCUAAAUCUUCCUGGAAAAGCUGUUCAGCAGUGGAAUCACUUGCCUAGAUUUCUCUCUUCCUGGAGGCUUUCCAAUGGGGUUGGUUGGCCACCUCUCUGGAAUGAUUUGGAGGGCUUCCUAAGGUGUCUCCCAAUGCAGGCAUUCUGUGACCCUUUGUCGGACUUUCCAAAAAUAUCAGUUGGCUUUCAUGGGACAGGAUGCCAGACCUUCAGUGCAACCUAUUUCAGGGCUCCUUGGGUAGUUUCAGCAGUCUAGUGCUGAUUAUUGGGAUUCUUCGGGUAACAAGACUAAAUUACCAUUUUGUAAGUACUUUAUAAGUGCUGAGAUAAAGUGAGGGGUUUCAUCCAAGGGGCCGAAACCCAGAGACAAGUUACCCAAAGACUUCCUUUGCUCAGGCCAUCGUUUCAAAUGCCAGCCUUCUUCCUCCUGAUCAUGUAUCACCCUGAUAAAACAUUCCACUACUUUGAAAUCUGCUUUCAAUUGGAAAGUUCUUAAAUCUUGGAAAAAGGAGCGGCAGAAUUGUUCUAAGAUGUAUUUGGGAAGAAAAGAUAGUUUGUUGGGCUUGAAGCAAUGGGGGGGGGGGACAAAUGGGUUUAUCAGUUGCCUAGAGGGCUGAUAAUUCUGCUUAAAGCAGUUAUAAAUUCUGUGACCGGAAUAAACUAUGCAAAUGUACAUAUA